UUUUUGGAAUAAUAAAUUCACUACGAUUGAUACAUGCUGAAGUAUUACAUCUUUUAAAUUUAUUAAGUAACAGAAUAGUCCCUGACAGCAAACAAGUUGUUCAACACAUGUUAGAUGUGGUUAUUUAAAUUCACCCUACAUUUUUAUGCUUCAAGCUUUGAAGAUAUCUGUUGGUUCAAUUAUCCUAGGAUUUGAUAGCAUUUUUAUGCUACAUCAUAUCCUUUAUUGGCUUCUAGACUCAAGGGUCCUAAUCAUUUUAGUUUUACUGCUGGCAGCCAGCCAAACCCAGUCCAUUGAUUCUUUUUUCUACCCCCUAGCUUUAAACCUUUAAUUCACAGAAGUUCAGAUUGUGUAUUGUAAUAUCUUGCAAUUUUCUCUAGCAUGUGACAAUGUCAUGCAUCUCUUUCCCUUCCAUAGUUCCUUAUGAGCCGAUACUAUUCCUUAUGAGCUGAUAACUAUCCCUUUUUAUGUCCAAGGGCCCUAAUUCUGUGUGAUGUGUAGUAGAGAUGCAAUAAAUACUUGCUGAACUGGCCAUAGUGAUGGGCAAUAAGCAAGGCAGCUUAGCCUGAGCAAAUUUAUAUUCCCUAAGUUAAAAACGUAGAAACUUCUAGAAGUAUUUUAGGGUAAGGUGAGUCACUCAUUGCACAAAAAUUUAUUAUAUACCUGCUAUGUACCAGGUCUUCUUAGAAAGUUUUAGAUAGGUGGUUUUGUAACUAGAAGUCUGAUAUUUGGAAACUAUUUAUUACACGUGUGUGUCCUGAGCACUGAGUUAGCAUGGAGGAGCCUGUUGGAAAAGAAGAGCUAUCCUUGCUCUCCCAGGAUGUGGUCCGGUGGGGAGAAGUUGACAGAGUGGGAUGAUGGUUGUGACAAGGGUGCUGCAGGCGCUGAGGGAGCAAGAAUACCACUCAGAUCUAGUCAGAGAAGUCACAGACGGCCUCUCUGAGGAAGUGAUGUUUUAAAUAAGUCACAAAAGUUUAGCAGUGACUAGCCGAAGAGGAAGGAAAAGAGAAUUCCACAUAGAGCAAACAAGUAUGAAGGCUCAGGUGAGGAAAUAUGGCACGGUUGAGAAAUUGGAAAAAAUGCAAUGGCAGGAGCCUACAAAGUGAGAGGAAAAACUAUGGGAAAUGAGACUAGCAAGGUGGGUGGGGGACAGAUUCAGAGGGCUCUGUAAGCCACAUUAAGGUGUUUGCACUUUAUUCUAACAGCAAAGGGAACGCACUGAAGGAUUUUUAAGUGGGGGAAAUUGCCUUUAGUAAGAUCAUUUUGCUCUGUAGAUAAUGGAUUGUCCAGCAAGACCAGAGAUUUAGGGUAGUGGUGAGAAGCAGCUGGAAAAAUCCAGGUAACAGUGUGUGCUCAGAAUGUGGUGGUGGCAGCUGGAGAGUAGGGGGUUGGUUAAAUGAGAUACACAGGGGAUAGAAUGGAUAGGAUGUGGUGAAUUUAGAAAGAGGAGUUAAAAAUAUCUACUUAGUUUCUGGCUUGAGAAAAAGGGUGGAGGGUAGUGCCAUUAACUGAGGCAGGAAACAAAGGAGCAGGUUUGAAAGGAAACAGGAGUUCAGUUUAAGGUGCCUACAAGAUAUUUUAAGAGGCUUUUGGAUAUAAGAAGUGUUGAAUUAAGGAAAAAAGGUUUGAAUGUGAGAAUCAUAAGAGCAGAAGUCUAAGUCAGAUAUGAGGAAUAUUAACUAGGUCAAGUACAAACAAGAAUUGUUUGAACCAACAUAUAUCAGUGUGAAUAGCAGGGCUGUGGGAGGCAAGAUUUUUAGAUAAGCAGCACCUGCCCUCGCAGAGUGUACAGUGCAGCUAUGAAGGUAGAUGUCUGUUUAGUUACCUGCAAUGUAAGGCACAGCGUGAUAAACUCCAGAGGAGAACUGCAGGCCAGGUACUGAGGUACUGCAGAAAGGAAAAUGGUUUGGCAGUGGAUUUGUGGAGGAGUGAGCUUUUGAACUGAGCCUCAAAGGGAGGAGGAGAUGAGGAAGAAAGGAGUUUGGGGCUUAUGGAAUAACAAAGGUACAGAAACCUGAAAGUAUGUAUUAUUUGUUCAGAAUUCAGUAGGAAGUUGGCAUGGCUGGAACUUAAGAUUCUUGGGGUAUUAUAGUUGCAGAUAAAACUGGGAAAAAAAUUUGGGGGCCAAAUGAGGGAGACUUUGAGUGCUAUGUUUAAGUGUGUGUGGUGUAGGCAAAGAAUUGCUGUGGCAGAGAUGAGAUGUGGAAGCAGUUGUCUGAGUACCAGUUACAUAUUCAAACUUGCACCCAUUGUGAGUCUACACACAGUUCAGCACAGUCCUAAUCAUCUUUAAGUACUCGAAUAUCUAAGUAAAUACAGUGCUCUUAUCUAUAAUCUCUAAAAUGACUCUUUUCAACUGUGAAGACUAACACUGCAGAGUAUCUUGGGGCCCUCUAAGUUUUCAUUAAGAUUGAGAUAAUUCUCUGAGUUACUCUGUGGUGCUGGACAGUAGUUUCCCCAACAGCUCUGCAAGGGAGAUGUCAGGCAAGAUCAUAUCUCCAUUCAGUCUGAGGCAAAGAGGUAGUAAGAUGUCCCUAGAGGUCAUACAAUUGGAUUCAGCAUUUAUUAAACAACCACACAAUGCAAAUCAUCUUUCUCUUCCCUUGAGCUUAGUUUAGUUAGCCAGCAGAUACUUAUUAAGAACUCAAAGGACAAUGCACUUGAUGAGGUGUAAUGGCUGGUUGCCAAGAAAAUAGAUGAUUCUUACUUUCUAGGCACUUACUGUUGGAGAUGGAACUGGUGCUGUGCUGUAAACCAGCUCUCUAGAAGAAAAAAAUACCCUGAUUUGUAGUGCUUGCCAGCUUCUAUGGUGUAUAUACUCCCAGCAUCACUGAUUUUGUGCUGCCCAAUUUGAUGUCAGUAAACUUGGAGUUGGGAAGAAAUGUGCACAGUCAGUUCUCAGGAGCUGAUAGAGCUGGCUCCAGCACACCACUGGCAGUCACAGCUAUCUGACUUCAUGUGAAAGAUGGCUAAUGCAGAAGUGAGUGUCCCAGUGGGGGAUGUGGUUGUGGUACCCACUGAAGGAAAUGAAGGGGAGAACCCUGAAGACACUAAAACUCAAGUGAUCUUGCAGUUACAGCCUGUGCAACAAGGUUUGUUUAUCGAUGGACACUUUUACAACAGGAUUUAUGAAACUGGGUCCGAGAACAACACAGCAGUUGUGGCAGUAGAAACUCACACGAUACAUAAAAUUGAAGAAGGGAUUGAUGCAAGCACCAUAGAAGCAAAUGAGGAUAUGGAAAUUGCUUACCCCAUAACUUGUGGGGAGAGCAAAGCCAUUCUCCUUUGGAAGAAGUUUGUAUGUCCAGGAAUAAAUGUAAAGUGUGUCAAGUUCAAUGAUCAGUUGAUCAGCCCCAAGCAUUUUGUUCAUCUGGCUGGCAAGUCCACCCUGAAGGACUGGAAGAGAGCUAUUCGUCUGGGUGGCAUCAUGCUCAGGAAAAUGAUGGACUCUGGGCAGAUUGAUUUUUACCAGCAUGACAAGGUUUGCUCCAAUACCUGCAGAAGCACCAAAUUUGAUCUUCUGAUCAGCAGUGCAAGAGCUCCAGUGCCAGGACAGCAGACAAGUGUGGUGCAGACACCCACUUCGGCUGAUGGUAGCAUCACACAGAUUGCCAUCUCAGAAGAGAGCAUGGAAGAGGCAGGACUGGAAUGGAACUCGGCUCUCACUGCUGCUGUCACCAUGGCCACGGAGGAGGGCACGAAGAAAGACCCAGAGGAAAUUUCAGAGGACACUUUGAUGUUUUGGAAAGGAAUAGCUGAUGUAGGACUGAUGGAAGAGGUUGUCUGCAAUAUACAGAAGGAAAUAGAGGAGCUACUCAGGGGAGUUCAGCAGCGGCUCAUCCAGGCUCCCUUUCAGGUCACAGAUGCUGCUGUUCUCAACAACGUAGCACAUACAUUUGGCCUAAUGGACACGGUCAAGAAGGUUUUGGACAACAGAAGGAGCCAAGUAGAGCAGGGAGAAGAGCAGUUUCUCUAUACUCUGACAGACUUGGAACGCCAGUUGGAAGAGCAGAAGAAGCAAGCUCAGGAUCACAGGCUGAAAUCCCAGACGGUUCAAAAUGUAGUACUGAUGCCUGUGAGCACUCCUAAGCCUCCCAAAAGGCCCCGGCUCCAGCGGCCAGCCUCCACCACAGUCCUGAGCCCUUCUCCUCCUGUCCAGCAGCCUCAGUUCACCGUCAUCUCCCCCAUCACCAUCACCCCAGUGGGUCAGUCAUUUUCCAUGGGCAAUAUUCCAGUGGCCACCCUCAGCCAGGGCUCCAGUCCUGUGACUGUCCACACACUGCCUUCUGGCCCUCAGCUCUUCCGUUAUGCCACAGUGGUCUCCUCCGCCAAGAGCAGCUCACCAGACACAGUGACCAUCCACCCUUCGUCUAGCUUAGCACUGCUAAGCUCCACCGCCAUGCAGGAUGGGAGUACCCUGGGCAACAUGACCACCAUGGUGAGCCCUGUAGAGCUGGUGGCCAUGGAGUCCGGCCUGACCUCAGCAAUCCAGGCUGUUGAAAGCACCUCAGAGGAUGGGCAGACCAUCAUUGAAAUUGACCCAGCCCCAGACCCAGAGGCUGAGGACACUGAGGGCAAAGCAGUCAUUUUGGAGACAGAGCUGAGGACUGAGGAGAAAGUUGUGGCUGAGAUGGAAGAACACCAGCAUCAAGUCCACAAUGUGGAGAUUGUGGUCUUGGAGGACUGACUGGGGAUCUGGGGGCCAGGAGAUAUGUUUCGGUUUGGAAUUUUUAAUUAUUUGUUUAUUUUUAUCAUUGUCCCACUCAUUUCCACAUAGGAUCCUUUUUUUUUUUUUUUUUUAAACAAAAUCUCGUUGUUGUAACUGAACAUGUUGGGUCCCUUCCACUCCCUCAUUGAAAAAUGGACAAAAACAAGCUGCCCUUCCAGAAGUUGAGAGUAGGUCACUCAAUGUCCUAAUCCUCUUACAGCAAGAAAGCUAUUUCUUUUAGUAGAGACAUCAAGAUAACCAGAAACCCUAUCCAGAAAGCCCUUUCCAGGCUAGUCUGUAUGCAUGUGUUUUUAUUCUCAUAAAGUUACAUUGACCAAACUCUGGAACACAGAUUUGACAUUAGAAGGCAAAGCACUCACAUGUGGAUGCAGAAGGAUACUUUAUUUUGUAUCCUGGAAAGGGCCCUCAGAGGCCAAUGAAAACUCUCACACAAAAGUAAGUUGAACCCUGCUGGGAGGGGAAGGUAGCAUAGCAGCAGCUUAAAAAGGGAAGUGCUUUGGCCAGGAUGGGGCAAGGAAAUUAUCUCACUUCCAGAAGUGCAACUGAUGCCUCUUGAUAUCUCUGAGGGUUACCACCAUGGGUGCCAUUUUGAGGCAAGGCCAGUCAUAAGCAAAAGGGUACAUUUCCACAGAGCAAGCAGCAGCAGGGGCCUGUGGCUUGGCAGAAGUAGAAAUCCAGAAAUGUCACAGCUGUGUUUUGGGAUUCAAGCUCACCUUGCCCCCUACUUUGUCAGAACACUUACCCUCCUAAACUGGGAUUAGUCCAUUCAUUUGCAAACUGUGUGAUGUGGCAUACGUUGCUCUGGUUCUGGGGGUGGGGCUCCAAGGCCAUCAUUUUUAUUGCAUGACUCCAGGAGCAAGGGAGUUCCUCAUCCAGACCAACUGCCCUUUUUGGUGGGGCCCUUUUUUGGCUUUGGAACCAAAUGCAUUCACUCAUUUGGUGCUUCCUCUUGUUCUACCCUCCAUCCCUCAAUGGUUUAUAGCAUGUGUCUCCUGGAUCCCACGCUCUUCAGCUUUUUGGCUGAUUCAGACAACAGUGACAGGUGCCUGCCUGCCUUCAUUCUCUUUUAGAUUCAUUUAUGCCAUUUAUACCACAGAUGUUUCUGUGAGAUAUUGAGCUCAUAAAAAAAGCCUUAGGCUUAGCAGGGAAGACUCAAUACCCUAGCCUAUCCUGAGGCACCAAGUAGAUGUCUCCUCCUGAGCGAGCUGGACUCUCUGGGAAAGAAGCAUUGUUUGCAAAAUUACAUUACAGGAAAUGUACCAGGAAUGUCAAUAAUAAUGUCUUGGGGGGUUUAUUUUGGUUUUUUUUUCUUUUCUCUUUUAAUGUUUUUGUAUAUUUAGAGCUGGGCCCAUUUUUCAUGCUGUGAUUUCUUCUCUUUGACCAUCUUCAGUGUUUGGGGCAAGAGCGGACCCUGGUUUUUAUUUCUUUGAUUGCAUUGUUUACUGCACUAGGAGAAAUAUAGAAACUGCAGACAAAAGAAAAAUAGGUCAGAAAAGAGAAAGCACACACCUUAAGAGUGGGAGGGUUGUUUUUGGUUUUUGGUUUUUUUAAUUAAAAGCAAAACUUUGACCUGUAGUUUCCUUUUUUUUUUUUUUUUUUUAAUCCGAAGAAGGCACCACCUGAAGCCAAGUUUCUUCCAACAGAUGUUGGAAACCCUGUUGUUAGGCAGGUGAAAUCUGCGUCCUGUCAUCCCUCAGAUGGCUGUGGAUAGCUAGAGAAGCCUUCUAACUUGGGAGGGUCAAUCUUAAAAGCCUUAAGGGUGAGAUUUCUAAACCCCAUACAGUUGUGGUUUUCAGCUUUAUAAUUGUUGGGUUUUAUUUUUCUUUUCAAAGUAUCUAAUAGACAUAGCAAUCAGCUUAGAACAAACCUUUGGCCUGUUAUAUGUCAUUAGUGAGGGAAGUAGCUUUUAUUUCUUGCUUCUCUAGGUUUUCUGUUGGUACAUAAACAAAAACAAAAUUUCUAUGUAAGCCUAAAACUAUUACUGGAACCUAGAAAGGCACAUAUCCCUAUUGUGGUUUUUAGGUACACUUAUCUUUCCCAGAGACAAAAGGCCCAAUUCAGGACACAGGAGGAGCCCUGGAGAACACCUACAUGCUAGCUCAGGUUCCUUUCUUUCCUCCAUCAGAGUCAUCAGAGAUGUUGGUAGUGCUUUAAAGUAGUGUGAUGUCAUGCUUCCAAAGUCAAGAGAUCGCUUCCUAAAGACUGAGCCUGUUUACUUUCACUGUCUGAAUAUUCCAGCUGGUGGAAAUACAUGAGCUUUGUUUUUUUCCUGG